AUGUUUUUUUCAAAACCUACUAAUCCAAAACCCUUUAUAAGAGUUUUGGGUAAACUUGCAGUGUUAAUCACAAACUCAACCGCUAGCAACCACCAAAUCAUCAAAGACAACCAACAAUUUUACCUUGAUGAUACCAAGAGAAGCAAGGUCAAAGAAUUCUUUAGAAGAUUCAAGUCAUUUUUUUUGAGAAAGGUCCAGACACAAAUUCCUGUAAUCCAAUCGACUGCUACUUGUAUGUUUCAAUUUACUGGUGAAGUUACUGUUGAUAGUUUUAGUAGUGAAGAAGAAGUGUUCACCUUAGCUUUGAAACCAUUACUUAAAACCGGGUCUCCUAGUACUAUUGUCUCUACCGCCGAUGUUGUUAAUGAAUGUCCAAUUGUUGAUACCUUUGAAUUACCCGUUGUUACCGCUGAUGAUUUCGUUCCCAAAUAUUUAUCCCAUCCAUUAGUUGUCCCUGCUGAAUCCAUUGCCGCUCCCAUUUCCACUGUUGUUGAAAGUGCUUGUGCUCUUGAAUCCUCUGAACCAACUGAAGCUGCACCAGAAUCCGUUCCAAUUGCUGUUACUACUGACUUAGCCACAGAAAAGGUUCCCGAUUUGUCUAGAUCCAACAGAAAGAAAUUUAAGAAGCUCUUUAAGGGAAUUAGAUGUUCUAUUCAUAGAACUAAGAAUUAUGGAUCCAAUAGCCAACCUCAUACCUUUAUUGAUGAAACUGCUGAAGUUAGAGAACAAUCCUCUGUUGUUGAUGCUACUGUUGAAAAAUGUGACAAAGCUGAAGUUAAGGAACAAUCCUCUGUUGUUGAUGAAACUGCUGAAGUUAAGGAACAUUCUUCUAUUGUUGAUAUUACUGUUGAAAAAUGUGACAAAGCUGAAGUUGAAAAUGUUAGAUCCAAGAGACAAAGAAUUAAGAACUUGUUUAGAAAACUGAAAUCCAAUGGUCAACCUACAACCUUAGCAAGAGAAUCACCUGAAGUUAAAGAACAACCAUCCCUUGUUGACGUUACUGUUGAAGUUAAUGAACAACCCCCUGUUGCUGAUGCUACUGCUGAAGAAUGUGACAAAGCUGAAGUUAAGGAACAAUCCCCUGUUGUUGAUGCUACUGCUGAAGUUAAGGAACAUUCUUCUAUUGUUGAUAUUACUGUUGAAAAAUGUGACAAAGCUGAAGUUGAAAAUGUUAGAUCCAAGAGACAAAGAAUGAAGAACUUGUUUAGAAAACUGAAAUCCAAUGGACAACCAUCCCUUAUUGACGAAACUGCUGAAGUUAAUGAAGAAUCCCCUGUUGCUGAUGCUAUUGUUGAAGAAUGUGACAAUGCUGAAGUUAAGGAACAAUACUCUGUUGUUGACGUUACUGUUGAAAAAUGUGACAAAGCUAAAGUUAAGGAACAAUCCUCUGUUGUUGAUGAAACUGCUGAAGUUAAAGAACAAUCCUCUGUUGCUGGUGUUAUCGUUGAAAAAUGUGACAAAGCUGAAGUUGAAAAUGUUAAAUCCAAGAGACAAAGAAUGAAGAACUUGUUUAGAAAACUGAAAUCCAAUGGACAACCAUCCCUUAUUGACGAAACUGCUGAAGUUAAUGAACAAUCCCCUGUUGCUGAUGCUAUUGUUGAAAAAUGUGACAAUGCUGAAGUUAAGGAACAAUCCUCUGUUGUUAAUGCCACUGUUGAAAAAUGUGAUGGAGUUGAAACUCCUGUUGUUGCCGGUUAUUGCACUGAAAUGGCUUCUGUUGGUUCUGGUGUUCAAGUUGAAAAUGUUAGAUCCAGAAGACAAAGAAUGAAGAACUUGUUUAGAAAACUGAAAUCCAAUGGACAACCAUCCCUUAUUGACGAAACUGCUGAAGUUAAUGAACAAUCCCCUGUUACUGAUGCUAUUGUUGAAAAAUGUGACAAUGCUGAAGUUAAGGAACAAUCCUCUGUUGUUGACGUUACUGUUGAAAAAUGUGACAAAGCUGAAGUUGAAAAUGUUAAAUCCAAGAGACAAAGAAUGAAGAACUUGUUUAGAAAACUGAAAUCCAAUAUUCAACCAACAACCUUAGAAAGAGAAUCACCUGAAAUCAAAGAACAACCAUCCCUUGUUGACGUUACUGUUGAAGAAUGUGACAAAGCUGAAGUUAAGGAACAAUCCUCUGUUGUUGAUGAAACUGCUGAAGUUAAGGAACAUUCUUCUAUUGUUGACGUUACUGUUGAAAAAUGUGACAAAGCUGAAGUUGAAAAUGUUAAAUCCAAGAGACAAAGAAUGAAGAACUUGUUUAGAAAACUGAAAUCCAAUGGUCAACCAACAACCUUAGCAAGAGAAUCAUCUGAAGUUAAAGAACAUCCAUCCAUUGCCAGUACUAUUACUGAAAAGAAAGCGUUUCAAAAAGUUUCAAUGUUGUCGAUUAAUGAAUCAUCAAUCAAUCGUACUUUAACUAUUGGUACCUCAAAGUCCGUGUUGCCUGCAAUUGCUUCUGCUAUUAGUACAUUAAAGUCUACCCCUGUUGUUAAAUUACCCACUGCUUCUGCCGCUGCUGCAUCAACUCCAGUAAUUUCAUUUGGUCGCUCGGGGAAAUGUGCUUCUGCUUUUGAUCCAUCAAAAAAAGUAUACCCUGUUUCUGGUUCAUUAGCUUCUGUUGAUCCUGCUAAAACUUCCAAACCUGUUAUCCCAAAUUUUACUUCAGGUAUGGCAUGUACUGGACUUUCAUGGAAUACUCAAAUUGGAUCUUCCAAAGAUGCUAUGAAAUGGCGUGACCAAAAUUCACAAUUGGGCAACAAAUUUGGUGCAUAUAUGGAGUAUAAUUAUACCUCUACGGGAUAUAAUGAUUUUUAG